ACUACUUUUACACUACCCUUGACACACGUCAACUUCCGGUCAACAUGGCAGGUCAACAACGAGACGCUUCUUUGAUAUGUUUGUUUGAUGUAGAUGGAACGUUGACCGCUCCACGCCAGGCAGCUACACAAGAAAUGUUAGAAUUCUUGAAAAGACUGAAACAAAAAUGUUAUGUAGGCCUGGUGGGAGGUUCUGAUUUAUCCAAGAUAGCUGAACAAAUAGGAAGUAACGUUGCAAAGGAAUAUGAUUUUUUGUUUGCUGAGAAUGGAUUAGUUGCCUUUCAAGAUGGCAAACAAGUAGGACAGGAGAAUCUUCUUCACAACAAAGGAGAGGAGUGUCUACAAAAAGUGAUCAAUUUUGCUCUGAAAUACAUGUCUGAAUUAGAGUUACCUGCCAAAAGAGGAACCUUUGUUGAGUUUAGAAGCAGUAUGUUAAAUCUUUGUCCAGUCGGUAGAAGCUGUUCACAGAAAGAGAGAGAUGAAUUUUCUGAAUUUGACAAGAAAAAUAACAUAAGGAAGAAGUUUGUGGAGGCAUUGUACCAGAACUUUCCUGAUGCUGGACUGAAGUUUGCGAUUGGUGGUCAGAUCAGUAUUGAUGUGUUUCCAGUCGGCUGGGACAAAACAUUCUGCUUACAGUUUUUGGAGAAGGCUGGCUUCAAGACAAUCCAUUUCUUUGGAGACAAAACAAAUCCAGGUGGAAAUGACCAUGAGAUUUACAAAGACUCCAGGACAAUUGGACAUUCUGUGACCAGUCCCCAGGACACGAUUAAACAAGUUUCAGAGGUCAUCCCAGGUUUAUAAUGAUGGCUGCAUUUAGACAAUUUUAAAAUUUAUAAUAGAAGAUGUCUGAAAUCCUUUAUCCUCUCUAACCAAGAACUUUUUGGAGGUUGAUGAAAUAACAAGACUUGUGCAAUAUUUGUACAGUUUUAAUCUACCAGCUGUUUGAACUGGUAAUGCAGAACAUAGGAGGGUUUUUUAUUUAAAUGUGGUUUUAUGAUGUUAUCAAAUUUUCUGUUCAUUCCAACAAGAUGUAUAGUGUAAAUUCUAGCAUUUACAUC